AUGCAAUUCAAGCUCUUUGCCCUUGCGGCUCUCGCCACCUCGGUCGUCGCCGCCGCCGACAUCAAGAGCGCGCUCGAGGCAGUCGGCGCCGCGACCAUCCAGCUCAACAAGACGGUGACGGCGUACCAGGGCGGCCUGCUCGGGCUGAUCCCCAUCACCACCGACGCCCUCUGCCUGCUCAACGACAUCAACCAGGGCACCCGCACGGCCAAGGCCUCGGCCCCGCUCAACUACGAGGCCGCCCUCGACAUUGCCAGCUCCGUCGGCAACCUCGCCAACAGCGUCGACGACGUCAUCAACAACUUCAUCCGCACCAAGCCCAAGUUUGACAAGCUCCUCAUCGUCACCCCCAUCAUCAAGGGCACCCUCGAGACCCAGCGCGCCGCCACCGCCGACCUCAGCAAGGCCGUCCUCGCAAAGACCCCCACCGAGCUCGCCGAGAUUGCCGCCAUCCUCGUCAAGCAGAUUGACGACAAGUUUGCCGAGGGCAUAAAGGUUUACUCGAAAUGA